UUCUUUACAAAGACUACAAUUAUUAACAUCUCAUAUGGUCUCUUCUACUACUAAAAAAUUAAACCAAACCAAACCUACCAUCUCCUUCAUUGGUGGUGGAAAUAUGGCUGAAGCUAUUUUGGCUGGCCUCCAAUCAAGUGGUCAUCCUAGCUCUCUUUUACGUUAUUCUGAGCCAUUUCAAGAACGUUUGGAGUAUAUGCAAAACAAAUAUCCAUAUCUCGUUAGCUCCAAGGACAAUUGUGAGAUUGUAGAAGGCUCAGAUGUUGUCAUCUUGGCCGUAAAGCCUCAAGUAUUGCGCUCUGUCGUUUCUAAUGAUCUAUCAAAACUUGUCAAGAAAAACCCAAGUCUACUUAUUGUAUCUAUUGCUGCCGGCAUUACUACCCAGGACAUUCACAAAUGGUUAAGUAUCGGUGAUAGUCCUGCAUCCAUUGUGCGUUGUAUGCCAAAUACACCUGCCCUUGUAGGCGAAGGCGCGGUUGGUUUAUAUGCUACUCAGUCUGUAAACACUGAACAAAGAGAGACUACAGAAGGCAUUAUGAAGUCUAUUGCAAAACAGGUUUCUUGGGUCCCAAAAGAAUCACUGAUAGAUACAGUGACAGGUAUUAGUGGUAGUGGUCCCGCUUAUUUCUUUUUAAUUAUGGAAGCUAUGCAAAAUGCCGGUGUUGAGGCUGGUCUAUCACUUGAGGACUCGAAAGCACUUACCAUCCAAACAUGUAUUGGUGCCGCUCGUAUGGCACAGACAUCCGAAGAUGAUUUGGCUACCCUUCGUCGUAAAGUGACUUCGCCUAAAGGUACAACAGAAGCGGCUGUUAAAUCAAUGGAAGCUAGUAACAUUCGUGGUAUCAUGGCGAAUGCGGUGUUUGCUGCUCAGGAUCGUGGAAAAGAAUUAGCAGAACAAUUAGGCAAAGAACUUUAAAUAUGUACAUAAUAAAGACCCUGCUUUUUUUUUCAUUUCUGUUAAA